AUGUUUGCCUGUUGCAUCUUGUUCGUGUUGGUGUGUUCGGUGGGCUGCAACCCCAACCCGCUCGGCGAUGUAGUCGUGAACAGGCAAUUUAUCCCACCAACUUGUACGCGGCAAGCCCAAGACGGAGAUCAAGUUCGGUAUCACUACAACGCCACUUUUCUCGACGGAAAAACGUUCGAUUCCAGUUACCAGCGAGGGGCAGCCAAGGUGGGCCUUCUCGGGGAGGGUCGCCUGAUUGCAGGCAUCGAGAAAGGCCUGAUGGGGAUGUGCGUCAACGAGCGUCGGAUGAUCACCGUCCCUCCGCACCUGGCCUACGGCAGCACCGGAGCAGGCGACGUGAUCCCUCCGGACACGACGAUUGUCUUCCACGUCCUUCUGUUGGAUUUGUGGAACAAAGCGGACCUGGUGGUCACUAAAACCAUUAGCACCCCCAAAGAUUGCAAACGCUCAGUGAUGCGUAGUGACUUUGUGCGCUACCACUACAACGGCACUCUUCUGGAUGGCACCACAUUUGACUCCAGCUACGUGCGGAAGCAGACUCGCGACUCCUUGGUGGGCGAGGGAUGGCUGGUCAAAGGCAUGGAUGAGGGCCUUCUGGGCAUGUGCGUGGGCGAGAUCCGCCAUAUCGUCAUCCCGCCUUUCAAAGGCUAUGGAGAAAAAGGCUCAGGAGUGGAGAUUCCCCCCCACGCCACUCUGGUGUUUGAUAUCCUGUUAGUUGACGUCCACAAUCCUAAAGACAACAUCACAGUGGAGGAGCAGACAGUGCCGGAGUCGUGUGAUCGCCGGACCGUGGCAGGGGAUUACAUCCGCUACCACUACAACGGAACCUUCCUGAACGGCGUCACCUUCGAUACCAGCUACCAGAGGAACACCACAUACAACACGUACAUCGGAAUGGGCUACGUGAUCGCAGGUAUGGACCAGGCCUUGUUGGGGGUCUGCAUGGGUGAGCGAAGGAGGGUCAUCAUCCCGCCGCACCUGGCGUACGGACAAGGCGGAGCGGGUAAUGUGAUCCCACCUUCCGCCGUACUGGUCUUUGACAUCCACGUCAUCGACUUCCAUAACCCGAGCGACCAAGUGGACGUUCAGGUCCUCCACCGACCCCCGGCAUGCAACCUGACCACAGAGGUGGACGACCUGGUCCACUACCACUACAACUGCACCCUGGUGGAUGGCACACGCCUCUUCUCUUCACACGAUUAUGAGAACCUCCAAGACGCCGUGUUGGGCUCGGACAAGGUGAUCGAUGGGCUGGAACAGGCUUUGCGGGGCAUGUGCGAGGGGGAGAGGCGGCUGGUCACCGUGCCGCCUCAUUUGGGUCAUGGAGAAAAAGGAGCCCCGGGAGUGCCUAGCAGCGCCGUGCUGAUGUUCGACAUUGAGAUGGUGCGCGUGCAGAAGGGCGUGCCGCCGGGUUAUCUGUUCGUGUGGCUUCAGGACACGCCCGAGGAUCUCUUCCAGGCCAUGGACGUCAACAAGGAUGGCGCUGUGCCCCAAGAAGAGUUCGCAGACUUCAUCAAGCUGCAGGUGUUGGAAGGUAAAGGUCGGCUGAAGCCCGGGGCGGCUGCCGAUCAGGUGAUCGCCGACAUGUUCGCCAACCAGGACCGCGACAAGGACGGCCGCAUCACGGCCGAGGAGCUCAAGCUGAAGGUGGACGAGGAUAAGGAGCGAGCGGCGCACGACGAACUGUGA